AUGAACGCUACCACAGCGAAUCAGUCGGACUGCCCUGAGGUGAAGGUCCCUGUCCCUUUCUUCUUUACCAUCGGGGUGGUGAGCCUGGCGGAGAAUCUGCUGGUUGUGGUGGCCGUCAUACGGAACAGGAACCUCCACUCGCCCAUGUACUGCUUCAUCUGCAGCCUGGCGGCCUUCAACACCAUUGCGAGCCUCACUAAAACCUGGGAGACCCUGAUGAUUGUGUUUACAAAUGUGGGACAGCUGGAGAAGAAAGGUUCCUCUGAGAUGAACCUGGACGAUGUGAUGGACUCCCUGCUGUGUAUGUCGUUUGUGGGCUCCAUUUUCAGUUUCCUGGCUAUUGCUGUGGACCGUUACAUCACCAUCUUCCAUGCUCUUCGAUACCACAACAUCAUGACUAUGCAGCGCACAAGGAUCAUCUUGGGUGUCAUCUGGAUAACAUGUGGGGUGUCAGCCGUGCUCAUGGUGAGGUUCUUCGCCUCCAAGUUCAUCAUGAUCUGCUUUGUUGUCUUCUUUGUCGUUUCCCUGGCAAUUAUCUGUUUCCUAUACUUCUACAUGUUCAUGCUGGCACGCAUCCAUGCCAGGAAGAUCGCUGCUCUGCCCACCAGCGGCAGGGGAAACUGUCGCCGUCAGCGGUGGUGGGGCAGCAGCAUAAGAGGGGCCCUGACUCUCACCAUCCUGUUUGGAGUAUUCGUUGUGUGUUGGACGCCGUUUUUCCUCCACCUCAUCAUCAUCAUGGUGUGCCCCAUGAACCCGUACUGUGAGUGUUAUCGAUCACUGUUCCAGCUGCAUGUUGUGCUGCUGAUGAGCCACGCCCUCAUCGACCCUGCCAUCUACGCUUUCCGCAGUGCCGAGCUUAGACACACCUUCAGAAGGAUGCUGCUUUGUUCGGACUGGAAGUGGUGCUCGUAG